GUCAUUUGAUGAUAUUCUUUUUCUGUUACAUCUUCUGGAUGCAGCUUAAAGAAUUUAUUGAGAAAUACAUGCCACCUCUGAAAGUUACUUUGGAAGCAGCUGAAGCUUUCAUUGAGCAGCGGCCAACGUCUUCCAUGAAGGUGAAGUGCAGCAGAUUUCAUGAUGCGAAUGGUAAAGCUGUCUUAGUAGGUGAUGCUGCACAUGCCAUGUCAAAUGCCCUUGGCCAAGGUUGUAAUUCUUCUUUGCAGGAUGCAUUGGUUCUUGGUAGGAUGCUUCAGGAAAGAGAGAUUUCAGAUGCAAUAGAGAAAUAUUCUGAAAAGCAGGUUAAGGAAGAUCAUGCAGCUGCAUACUUAUCAGAUCAUUCAUUUCCACAAGCACCGUGGCUUUUACCAUUAUACUUGUUGGGGAACAUAUCAUCUUCUGUUUUAAGCAAGGCACUUCCACCUUCAAUCAUCAAGCCUUCUAUCCAAAGUCUGUGUUCUGAAACCCUCAUCCCAUAUUCUGAGGAACUUAACACAAAUGCACUCCUCAGCUUGUGCUUGGCCACUACAAAUUGAGAUAAACCUGAAAUGCUUCCAAAAUUGAGAUAGUCCAGAUGCAUAAAACUUGGUUGUCAUUUGUUGAGCUAACCAACAAAUUAGCAAGAGCUGAGGUGGUGACCAGCUGAUGGAGAAAUUUCGGAUCUCAAUGCUCUCUCAAGUCACUGAGUGACUAGAGCUAAGUUUGGAAAUGACUACCAGGGCCUGUCACAUCAGAUUUUUUUAUUUCAGUUUUCAGGUGAAAUAAGCCUAUUACAUAAAAUCCAUCUAGAAACAGUUAAAAGUCAAAGAAGAUGACAUUUGUUUGUGGCCUGAUGGAAAGGUGACAUUGUAAUCUCAACAAUAUGUCAAUAUACAAUAUUUUUCUUUGAAGGUGAUAAUGUAAAUGUGCUCAUGGAUGUCAUCUUGAGUUGACUUAAAUUACAUGAGCCAUAUCCCACAAAAAUCAAAGUUCUGAUUCUAUGUAGAACAUUUGAAAUGAAAACAUUAUUUAUUUUAUUUAUCAGUUUUGUUACUUAA